GUACUCCAUCUUGUUCCAUCAGCGAGAUAUACUUGGAUGGGUGACCGCCUGGCCCUAAGAACACCACAGCUGUCCUUGGUCAAAUUGACUUAAAUUGGUUGAAUUAUUAUAAAGCUGUUUGUUAAUAACGAAGUAGGGUGAAUAAAUUAAAUCCGGAUUUGUAGCUGUAGCUUUGAAUCCGAGUUAUGUCCAUGAACCCCUCUGGCCAACCCUCAAUCUGUAAACAAACCUCACGUGAUCUACAAUGACGAAGAGUGCCAGGGCAAAAAAAAACAAAAAGGCAGAUUUUGCAAAGGUGAAGCUGAAGGUGGGAAAAAAAAUAAAAAAAGCUCAGAAUGAAACUCGCACGGAUUUCAAAGCACGGAAGAUUAUUUUGAAGGAGCAACUGGAAAAAAAGUCUGACCAAACUCUUCUCACCAAAAAGAAGCACAAUAUUAAGGAAUUGUUGUCAAGGCUGAGUCACAGUAGUUCAUAUGUGCGUCAAGAUGGUGUAACUGGUUUGCUAGAAAUAGUGAAGAAAAAUCAGAAGGCUGAUUUGGAGCCUUUCUUGCCCACUAUGAUCCAGGGAGUGGCACCGAGCAUCUUUGACACUGACACUCUCAUCAGAACCUCUGCCAUAAAAUUCAUGGAUGCUCUUAUUUUGAAAGUUGGUAACAGCAUUGAGCCAUACUUCAACAUUGUGGCAACUCACUUGUCUUGUGCUAUGGUACACCUCAAUAUUAACGUACAAGGAGAUUCUCUCAAACUGAUGAGAGUACUCACUAGGCACACUCCUCAACUCAUCGCCCGCCAUGCUGAUACACUGCUGAAGAACUUUGUUAGCCUUAUUUCCCGGAAGGCCUCCAGUGCACAGAUGAUUACAAGAAGUAAACCAAAUAAAGUGGACUUCAGUCGUCUUCUGCACGUCAAUCCCAACAACAACUUGACUGCUCACAAGUGGCGGUUACAGUUACUGCAGGAACUGUCCAGCUUCCUGGAAGCCAUCCUUGGGGAACAAAGGCGUGUACAGGCACAAGUACCCUACACUCUUUGGCAGACCAUUGUUGAUGGAAGUUUACCACCAGUGGUGUGCGGAGACUCAGUACAGGGCAAAACACAAGAGUCUGGGGUCUUUUCCGAUCCCUGGCAAUUGGAAAAGUUCUGCUUCUCCAUCAUUCCUCUCCUCUUUCAGAUUUGGGCUGAAGUUGAUGUUAAGGAAACUAAUGAUAAUACAGGUGGUAAUACCUUGAGUGGAGAAGGUGUACAGACCCUCAGCUGCAUUGUGAGCAUCAUCACACACCUGUGGCACAUUACACAACUUUGUACAAACCAACAACCAUCACAGUGUACAUGGUUCAUGGUGCAGCUAAAAUCUAAGUACAUGUCCAAAAUCAUGUGUGGAUUUCCAUAUUAUUGCCAUAUGAGUACAUCACAGAAGAAACUCAGAUCAGGUGUCAAAAAGUUGACCACUGAGGGAGAUUACAGUUUGAGGCACUGUGAUGAUGUUAAUGUGUCUCUGGCCCUCUUAACUAUGCAGCUGUCUUCCUCUGAAGUCUUUCAAGAGGAAGCAGUAAAUUUCCUUUCAAAAUUACUUCGUGAUGGUAAUCAGGAUAGACAGUACAAUCUUGGUUCUGUGGUGACGAUUUUGCUGGAUUUACUUCAAGUAAUUCCUAAAUCACAAGGUGAGAUCUUGGUUAAUGCAGCCCAGACUUGCUACUCGAAUUUCCACCCUCUCAAGAAGGACCGUGCGCUCUUGCUACAAAUUCUUCUUGCUGCCACUGAUGUUGACCAUACAUAUCUGUGGGAUUGUAGAAAUAUUAGUGUGUGGGUGGAUCAACUUGUAGAUGAUCUGGUCCGUGGUGAUGUUCGGGAAGCCCUCCUGGAUUCUGCCAUCAUCCUUCGUUUACGUGACAACACUAAAUUCAAACAUUUGGUCCUUACGAGUAGAGAAGAGAUAAAAGAAAAAAUUCAAAGCAAAGGUGUCCAAGGUAUGGCACCAAGUGAAGUUAACAAGAAACUUUUGUUUCUGCUGAAAGAUUAAUGGGUAUGCAUUUCUCAUACAUCAAAUAAAAUGAAUGUAUUUGAUAAUAAAA